GGUAGGAUCUACCAAUGACGAUUAUUUCCUACUAAGUUUCAAUCUGACUGCUCACUGCACUAGCUAGCACAGCCUAGCCUAGCCACUGGUGGUAAUACUAUGUCGACAAUAGGAUUGGGACUGAUGAUAGUCUUUCUUUCAUUGGCAACAUUUGUACAAUUGAAUGAUCCUGACUCUCUGAUUUGGAUGAUGAUUUAUGGACUUCCUUGCCUGCUUACAUUAGCAGCAUUCAUCAACAGAAACAUUGUAGAGUCAACAUACUGGUGGAUUGCUUGCACAACAGUUUUCACUGGAGUGCUUGCACUGUUUGUUUUACAAACUUCAAUCACCUUAACAGUAGACAACGUUUUGCGUUGGGAUGUAAUCUCCACCGAGGAAGGAAGGGAAGCUAUCGGUCUUGGAAUUGUUCUGAUUUGGCUCAUUUUGCUUUCACACAAGGCGGAUCGAAGAGAUAUUUCGAAAAAAGACUACUGAAAGCUCACAAGAGGCUGUUUUCCUUGGCUCUGGCCGCCAUUUUAAGUGGAGUUAGUCUACAUAUUAUUAUUUUGUGAGAGUUUCUUGGCCUGGAAAGAAAAAAACGCUUCGACCCGCCCUCCAGAAUGGUAAGAAGCAUCAUAUAAGAGCAAGAACACAGAGCUAGAAGUGUUUUUGGAAGUUUAAAAUGACUACUAGUUUAUGUUGUUUCUAGUAACUUGAUGAUCGCUCAGAGCUUCCACUGGAAAACGUUUUGAAGACUGAUACUUGUCAUACAGGAUGAUACACCAAUAUAUUUAUCAUGUAUGUGCUUCAAACUUCUCUCAUGGCAUUUAUAGUUUCACAAAAAUCAUUAUAAGAGAAUCAUGAAUAUUCAUGAGCAAACUGUUUACCGUAACCUUAAUUGUAACAGGCCAAUGAUUUAAUAUUU